AUGCCAGCCAGUUCUGAAAACAAAUCCAAGGGAUCACGUUCCCGUCACCAUCACGGCCACAACAAUCACAAUAAUAGACACCGGGACAACAGAGAUUCUCGGGAUAAUCGUGACAAAAAUGACAAUUAUGAGCAGGUUCCGGAAAAUCCGGAUUUGCCGCCAAUUAGCCUCACCGAGCUGAAAGAGAAAAAACCGGUUGAGCUUGCCGAACUUGCGAGAGAGCUCAGUCUGGAUAACAUAGCCCGCUUGCGAAAGCAGGAUCAGAUUUUUGCCAUUCUCAAGGCGCAGGCACGCAAGGGACAGCGCAUUCUUGGCGAGGGUGUGGUUGAAAUUCUACAGGACGGGUUUGGUUUUCUGCGAUCCGCUGCUUCUUCCUAUCUCGCCGGGCCGGACGAUAUCUAUAUGUCGCCAAGCCAGAUUCGUCGAUUCGGGCUCCGCACUGGCGACACCGUAGCCGGCCAGAUUCGCCCGCCAAAGGAUUCAGAGCGUUACUUUGCACUGCUGAAAGUAGAGCAAAUCAACUUCCAGACACCGGAAGAAGCUAAGAAGAAAAUUCUAUUUGAAAACCUCACGCCCCUGCACCCUGAAGAGCGCAUGUUGCUUGAGCGCGAAAACGGUUCCACUGAGGCACUUACAGGCCGUGUGAUCGAUCUGAUCGCACCGAUUGGAAAAGGUCAGCGAGGUUUAAUCGUAUCCGCACCAAAGACUGGUAAAACCGUGAUGUUGCAGCAGAUUGCGCAAUCUAUCACUGCGAUGAAUCCCGACGUCAUAAUGAUGGUUUUGCUCAUUGACGAGCGACCUGAGGAAGUAACUGAAAUGCAGCGCACCGUCAGGGGUGAAGUGGUGUCCUCCACGUUUGACGAACCAGCGUCGCGCCACGUCCAGGUUGCCGAAAUGGUGAUCGAGAAGGCGAAGCGGCUGGUUGAGCACAAAAAGGACGUGGUGAUCCUGCUGGACUCCAUUACCCGACUGGCUCGUGCUUACAAUACUGUUGCGCCGGCCUCGGGCAAGGUGUUGACUGGCGGUGUUGACGCCAACGCACUGCAGCGGCCGAAGCGGUUCUUCGGCGCUGCAAGGAAUAUUGAAGAAGGCGGUAGCCUGACCAUUCUGGCGACUGCGCUGAUUGAUACCGGCUCGAAAAUGGACGAUGUCAUCUAUGAAGAAUUCAAAGGCACCGGCAAUAUGGAAAUCCAUCUGGAUCGACGCAUCGCCGAAAAACGUGUCUAUCCGGCCAUGAAUAUCAAUCGUUCAGGCACCCGGCGUGAAGAAUUGUUAACCGAUCCAGUUGAAUUGCAAAAAAUCUGGCUGCUACGAAAGCUGUUGCAUCCAAUGGAUGACCUGCAAGCGGUCGAAUUUUUGAUCGACAAGCUAAAGGCAACUAAGAACAAUGCCGAGUUCAUUAAAUCCAUGAAUCGUUGA